AUGACGUCGUCUAGUAAGUUCAAAAAUCAUCAUAUAUCAAUAUUAGAUUAUUGGAACAAAGGCGUACGAUCUGCUCCUGCUAUUCAUCAAAAAUUAUCAACAACUUAUCGUUCAACAGUAUCUGCAUCAACAAUACGUUGUCAUCUUCAUCGAUCUGGCUAUCGAAAUGUAUUACCGAGAAAAACCCAUAUAUUAACAUCCGAUGAUAAACAAAGACGAAUUCAAUGGGCCAAGAAACAUAAAAAUGAUGAUUUUACGCGUACAGUAUUUACAGACGAAUGUUCAUUUCAGCUUUAUCGAAAUACAGUUCGCUGGUGGUCAAAAUGUCUAAAUAAUGAAGUCAAACCGAUACCGAAAAAUCGUCAGAAAAUCCAUGUGUGGGGUGCAGUGAGUACAGAGGGUGUAGUGAACUGUCAUACGUUUAAAUGCAAUCUUAAUGGUGAAUAUUAUGUUCAUAUACUCAAGAAUUAUCUUCUUCCUGCUGCAAGGCGUCAGUUUCAUCGAAACUGGCGUCUACAGCAGGACAAUGAUCCGAAGCACCGAAGUAAUAUUUGUAAUAACUUCAUUCAAGAUCAUGUACCGGAAUUGUUAGAUUGGCCAUCUAACAGCCCAGACGUUAACCCAAUUGAGAACAUCUGGUCGAUCGUAAAACGCAAAGUUGAAAAGAGGAAGUCAAAAAAUAUUGACGAACUUGAACGUUUUUUAGUUAUAGAACUCAAAAAUAUUGAUAUUAAUAUUGUAAACAAUUGUAUCAUGUCCAUGAAAGAUAGAUGUUCGUCUCUUAUUUCUUCUAAAGGUGAACGAAUAAAAUAUUAG